AUGGCCACUGGUGAGGAAUUAGCGUUACGGAAGGCCAAAAGUCAUACCAACUUGGGGACGGCGGCGGCGCACUCUGGUAGGGUGUCGUCUAAUUCAAGUUAUAGUAAGAAACUGGGGAGUGGUUUGAUGGGGAGGGUUCUCUCCAUGGUUGGCCGAAAACAUGGUAAGUCUGAAAAUAAAGAUGGCCUGGAUACAUCAUUGCAAGGACCAGGUCCAUUUGAGAGAGCUAGCUUCAUUGAGGUGGUGGACACAGACGUUGAUGAUGUUGAUCUUGAUCUUGAAGAAGGAGGAGAAGAGGAUGCAGAUGCAGAUGCAGAUGCCGAUGCUCCUGACCUGCUAGAUGAAGAAUUUAAGGAACUUCAGAAAAAGGAAAUAGAGUUCAGAUCUAAGUACCAAAAGAAGGUACAUAUGAAAGAAUUGGAGCAGAAAGAAAAGCAAUUAACAGAGCAAUUAAAGCAACUAGAACUACGAGAGAUUCAAUUGAAAGGUGAAAAGUUAAAGGGUCAAUUGAAAGAGUUACAGAUAAAAGAAUUAAAGUUGAAAGAAAAGCAUUUGAAAGAGGAAAGGGAAAAAGAAUUGGAGGAAAAGCAGCAUCAACGAGAGCGACAAUUGAGAUUAGAUAAGUCUCUUCCUGAAAUUACCCCACAACGUUCUCCAAACUUGACACAGAAUGUGAACUUGGACAAGUCAUUGCCAAAUAUUUCCCCAGAACCUGAACAAGAAGUAGGAAAGAACGAUUUUGAAUUUGAAUUCGGGGUCAUUGGAGAUAGAGGCAGUGGAGGAAGUGGUGGUAGCAGAGGUAGUGGUAGCUCCGGAAGCGAUGAAAAAGGAAGUGUGACACCUCCACUAAGUAGAAGUCCACUCAAUCGAGACAAAUCGUUACCAAAGAUAAUUCCAAUAGAUUUACUCAAGUCUGGAUCUGGGUCUCCAGUUCCAUUUGCAUUCAAUGGCACUUCAUCACCUAAUACAAAAAAUGUGAAUAAGUCGCUUCCUGAAAUCAAAGACAUUCCAGUACUUGACAAGUCGUUGCCAGACAUACGAUCUUCAACCAAUUCUAUUGAAUCUAUUCAAGAAGUUGAUGAAGAACAAGAGGGUAUAUCAGAUCCUAAAAUCAGUUUGCCCGAACCUAGACUUGAUUUCAUAACCCCAUCAUCAUCCAUUCUCAAUCGCAGUGGGAAUGGCAACAGCUUUAGUAACAACAACAGUCUUGAAGAUUUACCAGAGCCUCAAAUUUAUGAUACUCCAAACCAAAGUUUACUGUCUGUGCACACCGAACGCCCGCUGAAUGAACUGAACGAAACUUUACAAACAUGUGCAUCUCAUAUUAAAUUUGAUCUAUAUCAAACCAGUAGUAGAAUUCUGUCUGAUUCUAAAAAUGUAAAGAACAGCUCAGAGAGUCAUAAUUCUGAACAAACACUUCGAAACAACUCAUCUUCAUCAGCCAAAAGCACAGGCUUGAGCCAGAAAUCGUUGAACGAUAAAGUGAUCAAUGAAUCCAAGGUAGCUGAACACAAGGCGCUGAAUGGAGGAUCAUCUAAAUUAAAAGAUAGUGAAAAGGAAAUCAAUGGUACUGAUUCUCAGCAGGAAGAUGCAUUUUCAAGUGUUUCCACCCUUGAUACAAAAUCAAGACCCACAACUUCCUCUAGGAACAGCUUUACAUCUGAGGCAUCUUCUAGCAAGGCUAAGAAGAAAGAAAAUAGAAUGGCCACAGUCAAGCAUGCAAUGGACAAAAAAUCAAAUAAAACUCAUAGCACCGUCAAGAUAAAGAUCUACAACAAGAUUCAUGAAGAUGACGAAGUUAUUGCUAUGAAAGUAUCCAAAGAUAAAAUCGAAGACGUGGAAUACUUGAUAAAUGUAAUUAUCAGGAAGAUAACUGGAGUGGAAGGUGCAGUAGCUGCAUCGGACUCGGACAAUAUCAAGCUUUCGUUAGUUAGCAAGAGUACAAGGCUGAACUCAGUGAAGUUGACCCCCGAGAAUGGAACUAGACUUAGCUCAGGGUUAAUAAUGGACUACAUCUACAGUAAAGACAAGAUCUAUGUCCAGGCUGAGAGGCAGCAAUCGUAA